GUCUAUAAGCCCAUCGAGAUAUACCCAAGCCCAUAAAAGGUUUACAACUACUACUACAAGUACGUUAUAAACCGCCCCUAGGGUUUUCCUUUUUACCUACACGACACAGAACCACCGCCGCCGCUGCAGCUGCACUCGCCGGAGCUAACACCAACAGUGUUUAAAAUGGCAGACACUAAGGCAGUGACUAUCCGCACAAGGAAGUUUAUGACUAACAGACUUCUUUCCAGGAAGCAGUUUGUUAUUGAUGUUCUUCAUCCUGGCAGGCCAAAUGUUUCUAAGGCCGAGUUGAAAGAAAAAUUAGCAAGGAUGUAUGAAGUCAAAGACCCAAGUUCCAUUUUUGUAUUCAAGUUUAGAACUCAUUUUGGCGGUGGUAAAUCGACUGGUUUUGGAUUGAUCUAUGAUUCUGUUGAAAAUGCAAAGAAAUACGAGCCGAAAUACAGACUCAUCAGGAAUGGUUUGGAUACCAAGGUUGAGAAGUCAAGGAAGCAGCUGAAGGAAAGAAAGAACAGGGCAAAGAAGAUUCGAGGUGUAAAAAAGACAAAGGCUGGAGAUGCUGCCAAGAAGAAGAAGUAAGAGUCAUUAAGGGAUUUUGUUGUGGCCUUUUUGAGUCAAUUUUUAGCAUUUUUGAAACUUGUAUUUUCUUGAAAUUGAGAUCAAUGUAGGUGUAUGAAUAUUUGAUUUUAAAUAUGGAGUUAAGUCUAUUUACGGGCUUAUUUAUUUAUGAAA